AUGUCAACAGCACCAUCACCAACAAUUACAUCACCAACACAAACAUCACCAGUUGUAAUAAAUAAAUCAUUAAUUUGCCAAGAUAGCACAGUUAGUAAUGGUGUUCAAAUUGCAAUUGGAACUGUUUUACACCCAAGAUCAUCUAUUAUAAUUUCAGAGGGUGCAGGUCCAAUUAUUAUUGGUGAAAAUAAUAUUAUAGAAGAAUUAGUUCAAAUUGUAAAUAAAUCACCUGAACCAAUGAUAAUUGGUUCAAAUAAUUUAUUUGAAGUUGGAUCUUAUAUAGAAUGUAAAUCAAUUGGAAAUGGAAAUGUUUUUGAACCAAAAUGUAAAAUAUUAAAGAAUACAAUAAUAAAAGAUCAAUGUUCAAUUGGAGCAGGUUGUAUAGUUUCAGAGGAUAAAAUUUGUGAAAAUAAUACUAUAAUUGCACAAACUCAAAAUAGUCAAAUUCAAACAACUUCAACUUUACCAUAUGACCAUCAUUCAAGUAUUCACAUGACUCAUUUAGAAUUAUUACAUAAAUCAAUACCUUUAUUUCAUACUAUUAAAAAAACUCCAAUCUUGGAAAAAUAA